ACCUUUCUUUAUAAUGGUCUGCGUAAAGGACAAGCUUCGGUAUUACGGUGUGUAGAACCGGUAUUCCGCUCAGUCGGCAGCCAGAUCUGACCCUGAUUGGAUCCAUCCUAAGUAAUCUUCUUUUCGUAUACAAAGAUAAUUACCAAGAAGACUGUUAGCUUUCACUCAACAUGCUGAGGGAAACCUUGUUCGUUUUCGCGACUGUCGUCGUUAUUCUGGUAUCUGGAACACAAGUUAAUCAUUGUAGUAAAAAUAUACCUUACGAGGAUGCCAAUCAGGUGAAAAUAUCUGGCUGUGAUACACCACCGUGUACUUUGAAAAAGAAAAAUCGCAUUUCUAUAGAACAAACUUUCGUACCUGAAAAAGAUGCUGAGCAAUUGCUUACAUCUGUUCAUGCUACGUUACUUGGCAUCGAUUUGCCCUUCAUAGGAGUAGAUGGUAUGAAUGCAUGCGAUAAUAUUUAUGAUGUCGAUAACAACAAAGUCGGAUGUCCCGUGAAAAAAGGUACGACGUAUGUCUACAAAACUGAGUUUCCUAUUUUGGAUAUAUAUCCGAAGGUCAAUUUAGUUGUAUACUACGCUUUACGAAAUGGAAACGAUAUUGUCUCUUGCUUCACAGUACCGGCGAAAAUUACUGGCUAAAAUGUCAGUGUCAUCAAUUAGUUGCUAUUCUGUUUUCUUUUUUGUAUGCGAAUUUUUUGUAAGGUUUUCUGGUAGAAAAUUUAAAGUAUAGGAUAUCACGCGUUCGUUUAUAAAAAUCUAUAGCAUAAGUCGUUGAGAAGAAUGAAGUUUAAGCGUUUCAAAUUUGAAUGAUUCGCAUUGUCUCUUGCCUACGAGUAUGUUUUAGAAAUGUAAUAUAUAUAUAUAUAUAUACACCAUAGAUGUAUGAUGCAUAUAAAAAAUUACAAAUAAACUUUUGCAUAGUGUUUUCGUA